AUGCAAUUGACAAGCACUAUUCUCCUCUUGAGCGCCAGCUUGGCCUCCGCGCACUAUAUCUUCCCAGCUCUUAUCCUCAACGGCCAGGCCACUGGUGAUUGGCAAUACGUCAAGAAGGCCGCCAACAUUAACGGCCGUGGACCCAUUGAAGACAUUAACUCCGACUCUCUGCGAUGCUACAAUGAUCCAACAGCCCCUAAGGCGGCAACUGCCAAUGUUGAGGCUGGCAAUUUGGUCGGAUUCACUGUUGCGAGUCGCAUCUCACACCCAGGCCCUCUCUUGUUCUACAUGGCUAGAGUCCCUGACGAUAAGACCGCCGCCGAUUUUGACGGCGAAGGUACUGUCUGGUUCAAAGUCCACGAGGACCAGCCUGCAGAUACUUCGAAUGGCAUUUGGUGGCCAGAAGAUAUAACCGAAGUCUACGUCAAAAUCCCACGCUGUCUCCCUGACGGCGAGUACCUCUUGCGCGUGGAGCAUAUUGCAUUGCACAACGCCUACCAAACCGGCGGCGCCCAGUUCUUCCUUGGUUGCGCCCAGCUUAAUGUCACGGGUGGUUGGGUUGGUGCUACACCCAGCACCCCACCUACUUUGGUAUCCUUCCCUGGUGCAUAUAAUGCCACUGAUCCAGGUAUCAAGCUUAACAUCUGGGCGCCCGGUGCGAUUUCUUAUGUUAACCCGGGACCACCUGUCUACCAUUGCUAUCUCUAG